UAACGUUAGCCCUUUCCUAUGAACUAUUCAGUUUACCCCCAAAACUCUACAAAGAAACAUCUAACUUUCAAUUUUUACUUUACUUUUACCAAAAACUAUCAGAAUGUUUGAAUCGUUUGAUUGGAACUCGAGAUUGGAUCUCAAGAAUUUUCGUGAUAUAAAACAACGUGUAGUGAAGAAAAUCGGGGAUCUGGAGCGCAAGGGAGUUGUAUGGGGUCGUCUCAUUUGCAUCGAUGAUGCCAAGGAUGAUGCUUUUUUCCGUUUCAUGAGGGAGAACGCCUAAGUCGGUUCACAAAAUCUUAACAAUGUGUAUUGUGAGUUACUUUAAAGCCAAAACAAGACUUAACGACAAGAAAAUACUCGUUCAAUAAACAAAAUGCAUUAUCAUGCUUAAAUAAU